GUAAAUCAGGGUCAAUGCCCUAACGUCGCCAAGACGAGCAGGCAGGUGGGUCUCAGGUGAAACGUGACGUCAUGAUGAUACUUUUGAACUCCUCGGCAGUAAAUCUAUAAAGGUGUGUGUAGUCUUACUGCACAGGUAGCCGAACCUUAGACUGAAGAGAAACAUAGCGAUACAGUCUGCAGGGAAUUAACAAGGAGACCUAACAUGCGCCAGGUGGUUUGAGUCACCGAGGUAUACCUGAGAGUCACCCUACCUGUCGGACGAGGACACCGGUAUGUACCCCAACUUACAGUCGGCCAGACACCCGGCUCAGACACUGUCACUGAACAGUCAGUACUUCCCGCCUCCGUAUGACUUCACAAGUUACCAUCACGUCACGGGAGUCGGUGACCCGUCGACAAGUGCCUGGAACUCCGUGUAUGCUCCCCGGGAGGAAUAUCCGUACAGCUUCCCGGGGUCAAGCCCCAGCGCCGGGCAGGUCAGCGUCUCCCCCCCGGAGCUGAGCAGCACGCCCACCGCCGCUGGAGGGGGAUCGUUCACCCCGUACAACUUCAUCUCCGGACAGGACCCCUUCAGCUCCAGGAGGAGAUCAAAUGAAUCCGCCAGAUCGUCCGUUUCAGGUGGGACUUUCCUACUGGUUACCAUGGCACCAUCAAAGACUCGCACUAAGGACAAGUACAGGGUGGUGUACACUGAUCAUCAACGCCUGGAGCUGGAGAAGGAGUUUCAGUACAACCGCUACAUCACCAUACGGAGGAAGACUGAGCUGUCAAUGGCACUGAGCCUUUCGGAGAGACAGGUGAAGAUCUGGUUUCAGAACAGACGUGCAAAAGAGAGAAAGAUAACCCGGAAGAAGCAGCAGCCUUCUCAGCAGGCCUCCACAACUACACCCACACCGCCUGCACUGGGUGGACCCGCUGACACCUACAGCAGCAACAUUUUGUCUGAUACGAUAUCAGAGGAAUACUAGGUGGAUUUUAUAUGGAAGACUGAUACUGCAUGAAAUAUGUACAUAGAGCCAUUUUAUUUUUUACAACUUUGCCACAGAGUGAAUGAUAAUUCACAUCACCUUGAUGUUAAUUCUGCACCUCCUGCCAUUCAAUGACAAGCACUACAUGUGUGUUGCAAUGAUCUUCUCUAGUGGGAAUUUGCCAAUCACAGGACUUAUUAUUUUCAGCACCAAUAUACUGAUUAAAAGGACAAAGAGUCACGAUUAACAUUUGCAUGCCUUCUUUAAGAAUAGUUGAUAAACUAACAAUGAAAAACGCAUUUCAAUAGUUCUUUUUUAUAUAAACACAAUGUUAAAAUGUGUCUGAAUCUUGGUUAA